AACGCAGCGGCGCUGGGCUCUUAUCAGUGGGGCAUUUGAUAAUGUUAAAAACAAUAUUUAAAAAAUACAAUACGAUUUCAGUGAAAAAGAGUACUUCAAAGUGAAAUGUCGUUAAAGACGCACAGUGUUUGUCAGCGUCGCGUAGUGUUAUGUGCAUUGUUGCCGUUUCUAUUAUUACUGCAACUCGAGAAACAUGGCGUCAAGGCAGCUGCCACCUUGCCGAGUGAAGGUCGUGUAACAACAGACACAGCUGUUGACCACAACAAACCCACCAGCGCACCCAGCAGCCCUUUGCCAUCAUGCGCUGCCGACUAUUGGCCUCGUCAGCUGGACACAAUGCAGAGUUAUGUGGACGAAGUAGUGUGGCCUUGUGACGAUUUCCAUGAGUACGCUUGCGGCAAUUGGCGCGCGCCAUAUCAGCUGCGCGCUCGCGGUGCACGCGACACACUGACCGCUGUCAAGGCGGACAACAAGCAACAGCUGCUGACGUAUUUACUGGAGAAGCAAGAGGCACUGGUGAAUGGUACGCAUCAAGCAUUGCAGCGCAGUGAAGAUGUAGCGCUGCGUUUCUUUAGCGCUUGUAUUGCGCGCGUAGCUGGCACAGACGGUAGUAGCGGCCGACUACAUUUGAAUGUGGAGGCAGCGACGCUGCGCACAUACAGCGACGAGCUGCGACGCAUAAGCGAUUGGCCAGUGCUCAAUCCGUAUUGGCAAGGGAACGAGGUGAAUGACAGCCUCAGUUGGGGCAUUUAUUUGAGCGCGGAGUUGCGACGUUAUGGCGUGCAAGCGCUUUGGCGUUUAUUGGUCACCAGCAAUUGGCAGCAAGCUGAACAGCAAAUUUUCUACAUAUCUGCGCCGGCAUUUGACUUGCUGAAGCCAACGCGUCACUCGCUGCAAUACGACAGCGACUCGGAGUUUGUCUACAAACGAUAUAUAAAAUACUUGAUGUUGGAUUUGGGCGUGCGCGUGCGGCGCGCACAAACUAUUGCCGAAGAAGUGGUUGAAUUUGAGAAGCAAUUAUAUGAAUUGGUGGCUAGCGAGCGUUUGGUGUUGCUGCGCGAACCACAAACUUUGGCGGCGUUGCAAGCGGAAGUGCCCGAGUUGGAUUUGCGUAAAUAUUUUAAAGAAAUAUUGCGUGACAUAGCCGUAGAACUGCCAGUGGACUAUGAGCAACGACUGUUGAUUGUGGCGGAUGUGCCGUAUUUGCGCAAGCUGAGCGCUCUAUUGAAGCGCACUAAGCCCGAAUUACUGGGUAAAUAUAUGCUAGUGCAGUUCUUGGCGCAGUUUGAAGUGCGUCUACACGAUGAGGAUAGCUAUCAGGAGCAGCGCGAGCACUGUCUGCAGCAGCUACACACUUUCCUGCCAGCUGAGCUAACGGAAAUUUUCGUGCGCCUGCAGCAUGCGGACGGUGAUGUGGUUGCAUAUAUGGCACACACACAAACCAUAUUGAAUGGCAUUUUUGCGCAGCUGAAGUUGCAAUUCGAGCGCAUGUUGAAUGCCACAAACGUUUUUGAGCGCGACGCGCUCACCAGAGUGCUGGGUCUGGAAAAGCUGCACGCUAUGCGUCUGCUAUUGCCCCAAGCCACCGCGGUCAGCAAGGAUCAACUGCCGCAAAGCAUUCAACUCGACGACAACUAUGAUGCAAAUCUGAUGAAGUUGUGGCUGUGGUGCACACGCAAACAGCUCGAUGAAAUACUAGAAACGCUGCUGACUGGCCACAGCGCGCCCCCAGCAUACAAUAACUAUGGCCCACUCGAUGUGAACGCCUACUAUCGCUUGAAGAAGAAUGCUAUUGAGUUGCCGGUGGGAAUAUUGCGCGCACCAUUCUACCAUAGCUGUAUCGAUCCGGCAAAGAUUUACGGCAGCUUCGUCUAUAUCAUCGCGCACGAGUUGAUGCAUGGCUUCGAUUAUGAUGGUCUCAAUUAUGAUAAAACGGGUAAUGUGGCGGGCAAUUGGGGUGCGAAAGCAAUCAUUAGAUUUGGCAGCAAGUCGCGUUGCUAUCUCAAUGAACGCUAUGAGGAUGGCGAGGUGACGGUGAACGAGAAUAUCGCCGAUACUGAGGGCUUGCGGCUUGCCUUGGAGACCUUUAGACGUAGUGGAGGCGAGAAUGCCACUUUAACUACGGAGCAGUUGAAACUUUUCUUCCUGAGCUUUGCCCAAACUUGGUGUGGCACGGGCGCGGAAAAUGUGAACAGUCUGCACGAUGGGCAUGGGGUGCGUGUCAAUAAUGUGGUGAGCAACUUCGAAGAGUUCGCAAAGGCAUAUCGAUGUGAUGCGCAUAGCGAAAUGAAUCCGGAAGAUAAAUGCAGUAUAUGGUGAGAGGAAAGGUGGGAAAAUUGUUGCAGAAUUAAUUAUACAAAUAAUUCAUGCACAUGUAGGUAAUAUGUAAACGAAUAAAGGUGUGAAAAUGUUAAGCAAAGCAGUUGAUUUUGAUUUUUUGCACCAGACUUUAAAUUUAUAAAACAACUAUAAAA